AUGUUUUAUGAUUUUAAGUGCUAUGAAAUUGAAUAUGAAAUGAGAUUGCUUAAUGACCUUGAAGUAAUUUGUUGGAGUCCUUAGCACAGCUUUUUUAGUUUUUUCUUUGCACUGCCUUCUAUCAUAAUAUGGGGUAUUGGGAUACCAGCAUUCGCUUACUUUUUAAUGAGAAAAGUAAGAAAUUAGUUGAGUAAAUUAGAAUCAAAAGAAAUGUAUGGUUUUUUAUAUAGAGGAUUUAAGAAAGAGUUCUAUUACUGGGAAAUUGUUAUUAUGUACAGGAAAAUGAUUCUUAUAUUAGUAUCAGUGUUUGUUCGAAGCUUUGGUGUCCUUGCUCAAGCGCUGUUUGUAUUUUUUCUCCUUAUUUGUUUCUUGAUAAUUACAAUGAGAAAUAAACCAUACUCUACUCUUGAACUAAAUAAUCUCGAGAUAGUAUCCAUUGUUACCUCUAUGAUAUCCAUUUAUUGUGGAAUGUUUUUUAUAACUGAUCUUCCAGAAAAAUGGGUUAAAGAAAACCCUGAUUUUUCCAAAGGAGCCGUCAUACUAGAUCCUAAUACUAAAUUAGCAUUUUUCAUUAUUAUUGUUUCAUCUAAUGGUUUCUUCUUUUGUUAUUGGAUAAUAAAAAUGAUUGAUGAAAUAAUUCAAAAGAUAAGGAAUUCUUUUCCAAAAAUAUACUUAUUUAUGUGUGCCUGUGGAGAUGUAAAUAAACUUGAUAGGCAACGACAGUUAUUUGAUGUUUAAUAAUAAAAUCAGAUUAUUUAAGAAAAAUAUUUUAUUGCACUUGCUAGAGCUAAAAAAUAAAUAAAAUAAGCUAAAAUUGAAUUAAAUUAGGAGAACUAUGAGAAAGUUUUAAAAGAAAUAGACCCUGAGAUGAUUUCUAAAAUAGUCUAGGAUGUGAAUUUCUAAGAAUAUGAUGAACUAACUUAUAAUAAGAGAUAGUAUAGAAUUAUUCAAAAUUGGCUUAACAGAGUUAAUCUGAAUUUGAAUGAUAAGCCUUUGUAUUAGUAAGAGAAUUUUCAAGAAUAAUAGAAUUCAUCUAUAAGCUAAUAUUAAGGGACUAUUGAUGAUCAAUUUUCAAAUGAAUUUGAUUUGUAAUCUAAAAUCAGGAACCUAACACCUUAAACAGACACCCCGGGACUUGACUAAUUAAUAAAUCAAGAUUAAAUAUAGUAUGAUUCUAAUGAGAUCUCGAUAUCAGAUCAAGUAUUCUAAAAUUCAAGCUACAUCAAUGAUAAAAUAUUGGCCCAAGAUAUAUAAUAAUUAAAAAUUAAAAUAAAUGGAAAGCUACACUAGCAUUAAAAUUUACACUUGAAAAUCCAAAGAUAGCAGAGAAAUGAAAAUACCUUUGAAUUUAGAAGAAGGGAAAUGAAAUAAAUGCAUUCAAUACCAUCUUUCAGUGAACUAGAUGCUUAUGAAAUAAAUUCUAUGGAUAGUUCUAAAAUAGUGACCGAGCAUAACAUUACUUAAAACUCAUAAUUAGCAGAAUAAUUGUUCGAGUAAACUGAUCCAAGAGGUAAAGUAUAGAAUGAAUUUGAAAUUAAUGAAUAAUUAAAUCUUUAACAGAGACCAGUUAAGAAAUCAAAACAAAUAGAUGAUAAGUCUCAGAGAAUUAAAAGAUUUAAAUAGCAUAAAUUAAUCAAAGAAAGCUAUAUAACCAUCUAAAGUUUUGAAAAAGAUUGA